AUGCAAACUAUAAAAUGUGUCGUGGUCGGUGAUGGUGCCGUUGGGAAGGUUUUUGAUAAUUAUGCAGUUACAGUCAUGAUUGGUGAUGAACCAUAUACAUUAGGUUUGUUCGACACUGCUGGACAAGAGGAUUACGAUCGUCUUCGUCCGCUUUCGUAUCCUCAAACUGAUGUUUUUCUCGUUUGCUUUUCGGUAACUUCACCCGCAUCAUUCGAGAAUGUCAAAGAGAAAUGGUUCCCCGAGGUACAUCAUCAUUGUCCCGGGGUUCCCUGUUUGAUUGUUGGCACGCAAGUAGAUCUAAGAGACGAUCCGACUGUGGUGGAAAAACUUUCAAGACAAAAGAUGAGACCCGUAACUUCAGAGCAAGGCGAGAGGCUCGCGAAAGAAUUAGGAGCUGUGAAAUACGUGGAAUGUUCAGCGUUGACACAGAAAGGUUUAAAGAAUGUGUUUGAUGAGGCUAUUGUGGCAGCGUUAGAGCCGCCGGGUAUAGAUGAAGUGCGAUUGCAAUGUUUAGUUUCUACCACAGAAUACAACCGCAUGUCGGAAAAUAUUUUGGUGAUGGGGAUGAAAGGUUUUGAACCAUGGCCAUGGUUGUCGUAUACAGUCGAAAGUCCCGUAUCGGUUUAUUGGGUUUCUCGAUGCAUUACACCUGACAUGGGCAUGAUAGUCUAUGUUUGUUAA